UGAAUCACUUUACCUACUGAAAGAAACGUCCUGUCGGUUUAUAGGGUUGUGUUGGGUUGUUUGUUGUGUUUUUUUUUGCUCCAGGCUCUAGCUAUGGAAAAUCUCAGCAGAGAAUAAACGGCAGAGAGUAAGUGCUUGCAGGAAAGGACAACAGAAGUGAAUGGAUAUUUUGAGCAACAUCAAAGUCCUGAUUUGUUCCCUUGGAGCUGGAUAUUUCAAUAAAAGCUGCUAAGAAUUUGUUGGGUUUUUUUCUGCCAAGUCCAGAAUUCAUCUCUUUCCUAUUUUGCUAUGGAGGAGGGAUCCACUGAAGAGUUUCUCUUCACAGACCAGGAAUUCUCCUCUGAACUGCUGAAGCAGCUGAAUGCUCUGCGGCAGAGAGGGAUGCUGACUGAUGUUACCCUCUGCUCCGGGGACUUCGAAAUCCCCUGCCACCGAAACGUGCUGGCCUCCAGCAGUCCAUACUUCAAGGCAAUGUUCUGUAAUGACUUCAGAGAGAGUCACCAGCCUAAAGUCAUCCUGAAGGGCAUGGAUGCUGAGAUUUUGGAUCAGAUUAUCCUUUACGUUUACACAGGGGAGAUUCUUAUAUCCACCGAGAAUGUCCUGGGCCUGCUGGAGACAGCCUCCAUGCUGCAGUACUCUAAGCUGUUUGAGGCCUGCUCUGCCUAUCUCCAAGACAAGCUGACUCCUGACAACUGUCUUAGCAUGAUCAGACUGGCAAAACUCUUGAACUGCCAAAGCCUGAAUAAGAAAGCCAAGGCUAUGGCUUUGAAAUGCUUUCCUGAGGUGGCCUCUUCUGAAGACCUGAAGAACCUUUGUCCCUUGGAGCUCAUUGAUUACCUUGGGGACGACGAGCUCUGUGGGGAGGAAGAGCAGGUCUUUGAGACAUUGAUGGUGUGGAUCCGGCAUGACCUCCAGACAAGGCAAGUCUACAUCCAAGAGUUGUUCAAGAAAGUCCGGCUUCAGUAUGUCCAUCCAACUUUCCUCUUCCACUUUAUUGCCAGUGACUCCCUUGUUCAGUCCUCACCCACUUGCAGGAGCAUCCUUGAGUCAGCCUGGAGACAAAUGUUUUCCUUGUACAGCACCAAUGCACCUGACAUCAAGCCCAUGCUGCACGUUCCUCGCAGGUACUCCAACCAAGAGUUCCUCAUCAUCAUUGGUGGCAGAAAGGAGAGCCAGCAGACAACAAGGGAUGUCUUGCUUUAUGAUGACAAGACAAACCAAUGGCUAAGCCUGGCCAAACUUCCUGUGCGCCUGUACAAAGCCUCUGCAGUGAGCUUGCACAGCAACAUCUAUGUGGUCGGUGGGAUGCCUGUCAGCAAUAAGAAAAGCCCCGUCAGUGAUAAUAUUUACAUUUACUCCCUCAAACUCAAUCAGUGGAGGUUGGUUGAGCACAUGUUAGUUCCACGUUACUCCCACAGAAGCUUGGCUUAUAAAAAUUAUAUUCUAUCAUUUGGUGGAAUUGGUGAAAACCAUGAAAUCCUGAAUUCUGUUGAAAGAUACGAUAGCAUCCACAACACCUGUGAGAGCAUGGCAAACAUGCCUGUUGCUGUCCUUCACCCUGCUGUUGCUGCCAAAGAUCAGAGGGUCUACCUCUUUGGGGGAGAAGACGUUAUGCAAAACCCUGUCCGGCUGAUCCAGGUUUACCAUGUCUCCAGGAAUACAUGGUUUCGGAUGGAGACCAGAGUGGUGAAGAAUGUCUGUGCACCAGCUGUCAUGAUUGGAGACCAGAUUAUCAUCGUAGGUGGGUACACCCGGAGAAUAAUUGCUUAUGAUACAAAAGGCAACAAGUUUGUUAAAUGUGCUGACAUGAGGGACAGACGAAUGCACCACGGGGCCACUGUCAUCAAGAACAAGCUGUAUGUCACAGGAGGACGGUGUCUCACUGCAGACAAUGUUAUCAAGGACUUGGAUUCCUUGGACUGCUAUGAUCCAGUGACUGACACGUGGACACCCAAGGGAAAAUUGCCACACAAACUUUUUGACCAUGGGUGCCUUACACUCCAGUGUGUCCCCUGUUCUAACCUUCUCUAAACGACCUUCAGUGCUUCCCAGGGCGUUUUGUGUUUUCCUUCUCAGAAAGGACCCACCUUGCUCUGCGAAGAGUACACAGGGUAUGCUCGUGGGGUCCCACAAACUCCUGACCUUGAAGGCACCAGUGGCAGUAGUCAUUCCCUGAAAGCUCUGCCAGAAAGGUCACAAGCUUUGUGCUCAUGCCAUGUUCACCUGACCAACACUGCGUGAGCUGCUGCUAAGUCCAGCCAGGAGGGCUUACCCAGAGUCUCAGCAGGACAAAGGAAAAUGAUGCUGGGUAAGAACUUGAUGCAGGAUUUGACCUUGUACAGACUUUAAAAUGAAAAGUGAAUAGGAAUGCUAAUAUCUCCAGGGAAAGUAAGAUCUGGGUAACCUGCCUGCCACGGCCUUUGCUGCUUGAUGCUGACCAAGCUUUCCAUUUUGAGUGGUGGGAGCAUUUAGAGUAGGAAGCCCUAAGUCUUGUAGCCAGCCCAACAGCAGUAGUGUUAGCUGUGGCAGUCAUCUCAUGAGAAAUAGAAUGUUAAUGUUCUUAACAUCAAAUUAGCAAUCUUAGCAAAAGGCUGAUGCUUUGAUCUGAACUCUCACAUUGUGGCAAGAUGCACGUUUGCCUUUUUUAAGCUACUGCUCUUUUGCAGUGCAGGGAUGAUUUCUGUUCCAUCUGUCUGCUCUCUGAAGAGCUGGAGGUGGGAUGGAGAUAAAAAUUAUCUGCAUCUUAUCUUCCAAGGGAUAUUGUUUUGCAGGGAAGUUGUUUCUCCUUUUGCAUCAGGGACAGCAGUGGGGUUAGUUAGGAAGUCAUUAGGCUGAUGGAAUUGCUGAAAUCUGGAAUAGCAGAGACGACACAUGGAGGAAAGGGGAUGUAAAAGAGAAGAGGUAUUUAGGAAGAAAAAAAAAAAUCCCUUUCUCCUCUCUCCAAACCACUGGAAAAGAGCAAGGAGAGAAAGCCAGUGACAGGAAACCAGCUUUCCAAGAAGAGCAAGUCUAAGUCUGCCACUUGGCAAAGCAGCUCUGGCUCCACCAAUAUUUUUGUGGGGUUCUGCCACUAUUUUUAAAGGGAGGGGACUAAUCAUCAGAUACUGAACAGGCUGUGAACUGCUGUCAGGUCACCAGGCUUGGUAAGAUUGCUGAGAUAGCAAGGAGCUUUAAAUACAGUACUUACCAUCAUCCAGAGAAAGGAUGGCAGGAAGAACAUCCCUUUUUCCUCAUAUUUGAAAGGAACUAGGACUUUUCCAAGGAUACAGGGUGGCAUGAGGAAACCACACUCAACCAUCCUCUUCACAGAAGGCUGCACAGCCAUAUGGUGACCACCACAUUGCAGGACACAGCUCCAACCCCUAAGAUGGGCAGUGUGCCCAGGUGGCCAAGAAGGCCAACACCAUCCUGGCCUGCAUCAGGAAUAGUGUGACCAGCAGGACCAGGGAGGUGAUCCUGCCCCACUUCUCAGCCUUGGUGAGGCUGCACCUCAAGCACUGUGUGCAUUUUGGGGCACCGCAGUACAGGAAGGACACUGAGGUGCUGGAGAGGGUGCAGAGAAGGGCAAUGAGGCUGAUUAGGGGUCUGGAGAUCAGGUUUUAUGAGGAGCUGGGGCUGUUCAGCCUGGAGAAGAGGAGGCUGAGGGGAGACCUCAUUGCUCUCUACAACUACCUGAAAGGAGAUUGUAGUGAGGUGGGUGUUGGCCUCUUCUCCUUGGUGACCAGUGAUAGGACAAACAGAAAUGGGGUCAAGCUGCUCCAGGGGAAGUUCAGAUUUCUUCACAGAAAGAGUGAUGAAGCAUUGGAACAAGCUACCCAGGGAGGUGGUGGAGUCAUCGUCCCUGGAGAUGCUCAAAAAAGAGGUAGUUGUGGUGUUUCAGGAGAUGGUUUAGUGGUUAGGGGUUGUAGGAUGGUUGGAUUUGAACAGGAAGGUCUUCUCUAACCUUGAUGAUUCUAUCAUUCUUUGAUUCUAUUAUUUCCACCCAUAAAUCUGUAUCUGGGAGCAGAAGGGUAACAGAAAUAGUUAAUUAAAUGGGGGGCUGGAAGAAAGAAUUGUGUAUUAACUGCUGUUUUAACAAUACAAAAUAAAAUCUUUAUUAUUUUUUGUAUGA